CUCCAGGUCAGCAUUGAGAGAAAACAGGAACCGUCCUUGGAGCCAGGAAGUGAAACUUCCAACUACUGCCAUCAGAAUUUGUUGACGGUAACCCGUACGGCUGCAAACAUAGAAAUCCAGACGUAUACUUUUACCUUUAGUAGUUAGCUAGCUAGCCUGCAGCGAUGGACAAGCUUCGUCGUGUGCUCAGCGGCCGAGACGAGAACGAAGAGUUGGGUCUCACUGCACAGGUCCUUGAUGCCAGCACUCUCAGCUACAGCACCAGGGUGAAAUGGUUCGUCAUAUGCUUUGCUUCAGGCAUCCUGUGCUCAAUACUUGGCACAGCACUGCUGUUCCUUCCAAAUGGCAUCAAGCUUUUUGCUGUCUUCUACACACUAGGAAAUAUCGCAGCCCUUUCCAGCACCUGCUUCCUAAUGGGACCACUAAAACAGCUGAAGCGCAUGUUUGAACCAACAAGGCUGAUAGCCACCAUUGUUAUGCUGCUCUGCCUUGUCUUAACACUGUGCGCAGUGUUUUGGUGGCAUAAAAAGUUAUUGGCUCUCAUCUUCUGUAUUCUGCAGUUUUUGGCAAUGACAUGGUAUAGCAUCUCUUACAUUCCAUUUGCCAGGGACGCUGUGAUGAAAUGCUUCACGACCUGUCUGAGUUAGGACUCAGGAGUCCAGAAUUUUCUAAGAAGACUGGUCCUAAUAUGCAAACUGCGAGCACAGUGACUUUGUAAAAUAUACAUUUAUAUUGUUUAUACACUAUAUUUCCACUUUUUACUAUGGCUGUUUGAUAUCUAAAAAUGUUUGCCUUUUAAAUCUAGAUAAAGGGCGGUAACUAUAAUCUGAAUAUAACACUUCUCAUUCAUUUUCUUUUGUUAGAGUAAUGGGUGCCUUUAAUACUUAAUAUAUUUAAAGAUUUUCUUAUAUUUACUGCAGAUUUUAUACUGUUUAAGUGCAGGGAAAUGAUUUUGACUUUUCUAAAGAAAGUUAUUUACAACAAAAAUGCCUUAACAUAAUUGUAUAUAUGAAGAGAACUCCUGAUAUAUAGACCAAACACACUCUUUUGCAACUUAAGCAGCAUAUGAUUUCAUUUUUCUCUAGAUUUUUAUCAAAGGUUUUCUGGCUUCUUACACGCAAACAUUAGUAAAAGAUUGUCUCUCUGCUUUGUGUCUGUGUAUGAGGCACUAAUAUAUAAAUAGGCUCUCAGAUGCUAUUCCAUCUUCAAAUGUGAUCGUUUUCCCUUUGGCAGUUGACUCACUGCUUCGCUGAUGAUGCACUGGGAUGUAUGCUACCCACAGCUCUUUGAGGUGUUUUCAGCUAAAGACAUUAAAAGGAAAAAAAAGCAGCA